AUGCUCCCACAUCUGAGAAACGGCCUGAAACUCGCCAUGGAAACACCAAUUGUGAAACCGCGUCUGGAUUCGCGCGAUUACAAGUCUGUGCGGCUCGGCAACCGCCUCGAGGCUCUGCUGGUGGCAGACAAGACGACCACCAUGUCUUCGGCCUCUCUAGCCGUUCAUGCCGGCUACUACGAUGAUCCCGAAGACUUGCCUGGGCUGGCGCAUUUCUGCGAGCACCUCAUGUUUCUGGGCACCAAAAAGUACCCUCGCGAGAACGAGUACAAGCAGUUCAUUUUGACCAACAGCGGCGCUAGUAACGCCUUCACGUCCACCCAGAUCACCAACUACCACUUCCAGAUCAAAAACAGCGCGUUCCAAGAAGCCGUGGACCGCUUUGCGCAGUUUUUCAUCGAGCCGCUAUUCGAUCCGGACUGCAAAGACCGUGAAAUCAACGCCGUCAACUCGGAGCACGAGAAAAACACACAGUUGGACUCCAGGCGUAUCUUGCAUGUAUCUAGACUGACGGGUAGUAAAGAGCACCCCCACCACAAGUUCAGUACAGGCAGCAAACACACUCUGGACAAGCCUGGAGUGCGAGAUCGGCUUCUAGAGUUCCACAAGAACCAGUAUUGUGCGUCCAAGAUGCGCCUGGUGCUCAUGGGCCGCGACAUGGGCGAGCUGGAGAAUCUGGUGCAGGUUUUCGAGGACAUUCCUAACAAGAACCUGCCCAUUCCAGUACUCAAACAGCCCAUGCUGGACCCCCGAAACUCGUUUCUGCAGAUUGUGCCGCUCUCAGAGAAACGGUUUGUCAAGUACGAAUUUGAGGUGCCUGGAUGGAGACAACUGGGAGAGUACUCCGUCAAUUCGUACUACGCACAGCUGGUGGGCCACGAAUCACCCGGAAGUCUGUACUGGUACCUCAAACAAAAGGGCUGGGCCGACUCUGUGUCUGCUCAUAUCAACUAUCUCUCUUCCGAGGGAGGGCUCUUUUCUGUGACAGUGAAUCUCACCACUGAGGGUGCACAGCAUACUGAAGAAAUCGGAGCAGCUCUAUUCGAGUAUUUGGCUAUGCUGCGGGCUGAGGGCCCCCAAAAGUGGUUCUUUGAUGAGUCCAAGGACAUCUGUCAGCUGUUUUUCGAUUUCAAAGAGACUCCCACUCAGAUCAUGAGCGAGGCAUCCGCAUUGUCAGCAACUUUUGCCAACAAGCAGUGUGCUGCAUCGGAGGUAGUGAGCUACAACCACCUGAUGAAGACCUACAAUGCAGAAGUUCUGGAGGAGUUUCUGACCAGAUUGACUCCUGAUAACCUCAGAGUGACUCUUGUGGCUCCUGAAGUGAAGGACAAGUGUGAUUUGACUGAACAGCACUGCGGAACCAAGUAUAGUGUUUCUCAGUUAAAGAAAGAGACUGUGGACAAGUUUAGUGAGGCGCUCAAAUCUUCUUUUCCCAAGAGAUUCCAUCUCCCUCAGAAAAAUCCUUACAUUGCAGAGGAGUUUACUAUUUUGAAUGAGAAGAAAGAAGAUAUCCCUUUGACAGAGCACUACAAGCCCAAGACUCUCUCUCCCACAUUGUCUUACUUCCCAGAUCACAUGUUUGAAACCCCCAAAGGUAUGAUUAUUGUCGGAUUGAACCAUCCAAAUACUAGCGACACAGUCAGAAACUCAUUGCUAACCCGUCUCGCAUGCAGUCUGUGGAGUGAUGCUGCUGAAAAGUACUCGUACGAUGCUGCCUCUGCCGGUCUCGGUCUUUCCAUCCACAGAGGCACCUAUGGAGUGAUUGUGCAGGUUGCUGGGUUCAAUGACAAGCUGUCUGUGUUGUUGGAUCAGUCGUACGAGACUCUCAAGUCUGAUAUCGACCCUGGACGGUUUAGUCUGCGUCUUGAGCGACUCAAGCGAGCUCUUUCCAACGCCAAGUUCAACAGCUCGUUCCAGAUCAUUGACGAGUAUCUUUCUGCCGAAGUCGAUGAGCAACAGUUCACUUUGGAAGAGCGUCUAGCUUCCAUAGAAGAAAAGGAAAUCACUCUUGAGGAAGUCAGGGCUCAUAUGGCCAAGAUCAUUUCCGAAUGCUCUCCUCGAGUUUUGGUCUCAGGCAAUUUCAGCGAGUCCAAGGCCCAUGAGAUUCAUGGCAGAGUUAUUGAAGAGUUCAAGUGUGGAGAUGUGCUUAAUCUGCCUCAAAAACUGAUCUCUACACCCCUUUAUGGCUCCAAGAUUGCUGCUAGACCCUCUCUCAAUGUGGACAAUGCUGACAACUGUGUUCUGUAUUACUUUGAGUCGACGCAGGUUGAAAAGGCCCGCCUGUUGGCUUAUAUAAUCAAGGAGCCUGCGUUUACGUUUCUGCGAACCAAGAAACAGCUUGGUUACGUUGCUCGAGCGGGAUUUGAACGCAACUUUUCCACUGGUGGUCUUUCUCUACUCACCCAGUCGGCCUACCAUGCUGACGAUGUCAAGGCUCUAAUGGACGAGUUCCUCACUGUGCACAUGGCUGCCAUUAUGGAAAAGAUGACGGUCGAGGAGUUUGAAAAGUACACUGCUGGAUUCAUUGCCCAGGUGUCCAAACCUCCCAAGUCGUUGAUGGUACAGUCUCGGCAUGUUUGGAGCAAGCUGUGCAACAGCUGGGGCUUCAAUGUUGACGCCGAAGCAAUCGAGCUGGCCAAAACGGUGUCUCUUGAAGAGAUGAAGCAGUUCUACAAUGAGCUGUUUGAUACUGACAAGCGGUCUCUUUGUGUGCAGAUCAACACGUCCAAGGAGAGCAAGCGGUAUGAUCUGGAGGAUAAGAAGGGGAGAACUAACAAGGGCGGGCAUAUUUCUGCCAACAUUUGA